CGCUUCUCACCACCACACCCCACCAUGUCACGGCCCUCGACGCUCCACUCCGCACGCGGCUCUCUCUACGCGCCCGCGCCUCCGCAGCCGCUCGGCUCCAGCGGCGGUGCGCCACCGCCGACGGGCGCAGCGGCGCGUCUGGCCGCCAAGCAGGCGGAGCUGGAGGGACUGAGGCAGCUGCGAGAGCAAAGCGCGCGGCUGGCGAGGGACGUCGAGGCGCUGGGCGAUGGCAUUGAUCAGCUUGUUGGCGGAGGCGACGCCGUCGCCGCUGUCCUCUCCUCCUGGCAAGGCGUCUUCCGCGCGAUUCAACUAGCUCGCGCAUCGAGCACCGUCGCACCUUUGCCCGAGGGUGUUCCGCCGCCCGCGAACGAGCUGGAGGAGCAAGAGGCGGAGAGCAGACGCACGGUGCCGGAGACGCUCGUGCGCAUUCCGGUCGAGGGCGCGCAGGCACGGCCCGAGGAGCAGUAGCUCCGCACUCUGAUCCGCGUGCUGCGCUUCUGUUGUCCUCGCUCGCCCUCUCCUCCGUUACGCUCUCUCCCUGCUGUACACUAGGCCCGCCCGUGCGCAUUGUAAUCCUCUCGCUCGCGCUGAC